CCCGAUGCCGCAGGCUGCCCCACGUUCCUGGACAUCGUCAUCCUGCUGGACGGCUCCAACAGCAUCUACCCGUGGCACGAGGUGCAGCGCUUCCUGCGGGCGCUGCUGGCGCGCUUCUUUGUGGGGCCACAGCAGAGCCAGGUGGCGGUGCUGCAGUACGGGCAGCACGCGGUGCAGGAAUGGCCGCUGGGCCGCUACCGGACGGCAGCUGAGCUGGUGGCGGCGGCGCAGAACAUCCAGCGCAGGGAGAGCAGGGAGACCAGGACGGCUGCUGCCAUCCGGAUGGCCUGCUCGGAGGCGUUCAGCCCCGCUGUCGGGGGGCGGCGCGGCGCCGCGCGGCUGCUGGUGGUGCUGACCGACGGCGAGUCGCACGACGGGGAGCGGCUGCCCGCAGCGCUGCGGGUCUGCGAGAGGAACAACGUCACCAGGCUGGGAAUCGCGGUUCUUGGCCAUUACCUGCGGCGGCAGCGCAGCCCCACGCAGUUUGUGCGCGAGAUUCGCUCCAUCGCCAGCCGCCCUGCGCUCUUCUUCAACGUCAGCGACGAGCGCGCGCUGCACGGCAUCGUGGGCGCCCUGGGGGAUCGCAUCUUCAGCCUCGAGGGGACCCACGGGGACAACGGCAGCGCCUUCGCCUUGGAGAUGGCACAGAGCGGCUUCUCCGUUCACCCCCUGCAGGACGGGAUCCUUUUCGGGGCCGUGGGCGCCUACGACUGGGACGGCGCGGUGCUGGAGGAGAGCAGCCGCGGGCGCAGCGUCCCCUCGCGGGAGCGGCUCCGCAGCCAGUUCCACACCGGGCCGGAGAAGCACGCGGCCUACCUGGGUUACGCGGUGUCGGCGCUGCUCUUUGCCGACGGGCGGCGGCUGCUGGUCGGCGGAGCGCCGCGGUUCCGGCAUCGCGGGGCGGUGCUGCUGUUCACCAUGGGAGCCGGCGGGGCGCUGAGAGCCGAGCAGACGCUGAGAGGGGAGCAGCUCGGGUCGUACUUCGGCAGCGAGCUGUGCGUGCUGGACGCGGACGGCGACGGCAGCAGCGACGUCCUGCUGGUGGCUGCGCCCAACUUCCUGGGGGAGGGCGGCAGGGAGACCGGCAGGGUGUACGUGUACGGUGUGGGGCCGCGCGCCGUGCGGGCGGUGUCGGCGCUCUCCCCGGCGGCCCAAUGGGACGCGCGGUUCGGCGCGGCGCUGGCGGCGCUCCCCGACGUGAACGGCGACGGCUGGGCGGACGCGGCGGUGGGCGCCCCGUUGGAGGACGGGCAUCGCGGCGCCGUUUACGUCUUCCACGGCACCGCGGGAGCCGUGCGGCCGCGCCACGCGCAGCGCAUCGCAGCGGCGGAGCUGAGCUCAGGGCUGCGUUACUUCGGGCGCAGCGUUGAUGGCCGGGCGGAGCCGGACGGGAGCGGCGUGGCGCUGGCGGUGGGCGCCCAGGGGGCGGCGGUGCUGCUGCGCUCCCGCCCGGUUCUGCGCCUGGACGUUUCUGUCUCGGUGGUUCCGGCCGCCAUCAGCGUGGUGCAGAAGAACUGCCGGCGCGGAGCGGCCGCCGCCGUCUGCAUCCGCGGCAGCGCCUGCUUCCGGAGCGCCGUGCGGGGCCGGGGGGGGCGGGGAGACGUCG